CGUCUUUACUUUUGGUGGCGAGCGUUGGCCAACACUAGCAUCAGCUGCCGACAGUGCCGUCAUCUGUGGAUUCUCGUCUAAUAGCGUGAGGAGUGACCGAAAAUGUUGGGACUGCAACGAUUCGCCGGCAAUAUGGUCCAGCAGCUAUACCGCCGGACCACCUUCAACAGCAGUCUCCGGACGAUGGCUACGGGUACUAGCCAGCCGGCGGAUGCUGUGGAACCUGUGGAAGCCCCACGCACCCCGGCAACAGAAUCGGCCCCCAAGAAGCCAAAGGGUCAAAUGGUGGCUGCUGCCUUCGAGUCCUUGAGGAAUGACAAAGAUGAUAAGCGAAGCCCUGCAUCUAACAACAUUGAAGAGCGUAUUAUAAACGCCAAGACAGUCAAUGGCCUCUUGGCUAUCACAGAAAACAAUGCUGCCUUCUCCCGCAAGCAUGCCCUUAAAAUCGUGUCGAUUCUGGCGGAUUGGAGUACCAUUGAUCGGGUAAAGAUAUCCGAGUUUGAGAACGAUACCAGGUUUCUACGGAUCUGCCGUAUGCUAGGACGCACUGUUCCAAAGAAUGCGGCUUCUGGAAACGGAAAUGGAAAUAAGAUAUCCGGAGAUGGCAAUAGUGCAGUUAAACGGAUUUCCGGCUUCCGCACGGACGAUCUGAACACUGUUUUGGGCGUUGCGGGGGACGAUGAGGCUGCCAAGUUAAUAGCUAGUAUUAGCCUGCCCCAGAUGGUGAAGGUUAUGAGCACGCUUGCCCAAAGAAAGCGAAGAAGUACACCAUUGCUUCGCUCACUGGCCUUUAAUAUUAGCAGCGCCUCGGAAACCCUGGAUCUAAAACAGUCGGCGGAUGUUCUGUAUGCCAUGUCCACGCUUAAUUUCCAAGACUCGGUGCUGGGCGCCAAGGUGUGUGCGGAUGUCCAAUCGGUGCUGCCCAAGAACGUGGAAAAGUCUGCCGUAGUGGGAUCCAUACUUACCAGCCUGGGCAUUUUGCGCUACAGAGACUUGGACAUCCUGGAAUCGCUGACACAGUGGAUCCUUAAGAACAGUGAAAUCUGCCGCCCACAGGACGUCAGCGCCUAUUUCUUCACCUCUGCCUUGCUGAAUUUCAAAAGUUCGCAGCUUGAAGAAGUGAGCAAAAAGCUUGUAAAAUCCAUUGUAAGAGAAGACUUUACAAAGCAGUCCGAGUGGUUGAGCUUCGUCUGGUCCCUCACGAUGUUGGGACUGGUGGAACAAAACCAUCUGGCUUCAGUUCUAAGUCCCGAAUUCCUUGAGAAACUAGCCAAGGAUAAAUCAGGAGUGACAGCGACCUCUAAAAUGAGGCUACUCAACCUAAACAGUUAUGCUCAGCUCUUGGCCACAGAUUACAAAGGACCACUUCUGCCUGCCGAUAGUCCUGCCUACGAGGUUCUCAUGGCGCAUCCAAAAGCGAAGCAGGUUCUUGUCAAUGGCAUGCUGGAUGCUCUUAAAAGUCUACUGCCGUCCACCAAUCAUGUACAGACGGCGGUGGAUAGCAAAAUGGGUUUCCUAAUAGAUGCAAUUUGUCAGUUUGAUGCGAAUAAGAAUCCGCUGCCCCUGGACAAGGAAAACCCCAAAGCCAUUAGGGUGGCCUUGAUGGUGAUCGACUUCCAUGACAUUUGCCACGGAACGCAUCGAAGUGCCAGCGGCGUUACGAAUCUGACGUUCGAUCUCCUCGAGAAGAGCGGCUAUAAUGUUAUACCCGUGCCCUACAAUGAGUUUAGCACCAGUGACAAGUUACUGAAGCGUGUUCAGUAUUUGGAGGCGAAGUUUAAGGCACUUGGACCGAGUAGCAAAUAAUUGAAGUUGUAGCUUUUAUAAUUUUCCUUGUAAUGUUUGAUCAAGAUUGGAAUUGUUUAAAUUUUGUAAAUGUAAACUUAGGCGAUGAAUUAUUACAUGCUAAACCAAAAUGA